AGUUACUUCGCUGGUAGCCGAUAAUCGGGUAAGUUGUGGGAAAUUUUACAUUUUGAUCAUAUAAGGCCCUUAAUUUAUUGAUCACAAGAUAAAUCCCUACUUAAGUCUUUUAAAUCCACUUUAAAUUAAAUCAAAAUUUAAAAAAAAAAAAAAAUCAUUUAUAGGUCUCAUUAAAGGGGACACUUUGUUAUAGUUGUCAAUUUGUAAAUCUAGUCUACGUACGUCAACUUCAAAAUAUCUUUCAAAUGUCUUUAAAAUGUUAUUAAAAGGUGGUUAAAGUGUUAUUAAAAGGUUAUAAAAUUGUUAUUAAAAAGUAGAAGUUUUGUCAAAUGUGCAAUUUAAUUUUUUGCGUAAACUAUUGUUAGAAGCUGCUCACAAGAAACUGACAAAAUUGUCAAAAAUUGAGCAGGAUUUUAUGGUUUGUGUGAAAUUAUGUUCGAAACACAAGAUUGAGUUUUUUUUCCCACAGUAUCCAAGAGACGCAGCGUAAGAAAAUGGCAACAUCCUUCGGACGUUUACAAGAGCAGUCUCAACGGCUCACGAAGCUGCUUAUGGAUUUCUCAGGUAAGACCAGUCUCAACGGCUCACGAAGCUGCGUAUGGAUUUCUCAGGUAAGACCAGUCUCAACCGCUCACGAAGCUGAUUAUGGAUUUCUCAGGUAAGACCAGUCUCAAUGGCUUACGAAGCUGUGCUUGGAAUUGUCUAGUAAGACCAGUCUCAAUGGCUUACGAAGCUGUGCUUGGAAUUGUCUGGUAAGAGCAAUCUAUAGGGCUUACAACACUGCUUAUGGAAUUCUCAGGUGAGAAAAGUCCUUACAGUUCACGAAGCUGCUAAGGAAAUCUCAGGUAAAAGCAGUUACUACGGUUUAAAAAGCAGCUGAUGGAAAAAGAGCAGUCUCUACGGCUAAGGAAGCUGCUUAUGUAAUUUUCAGUUAAGAGCAGUCUUUUCGCCUAACACAGUUACUUAUGGAAUUCUCGGAUAAGAGCAGUCUCUUUAGGUGAUUAAGUUGAUUAUGGAAUUCUCAAGUGAAAACUAAAACAAAACUCAACACAUUGGGACUACCCUAAACCUAACCCAACACAUUGGGACUACCCUAAACCUAUCCCAACACAUUGAGACUACCCUAAACCUAACCCAACACAUUGGGACUACCCUAAACCUAACCCAACACAUUGGGACUACCCUAAACCUAACCCAACACAUUGGGACUACCCUAAACCUAACCCAACACAUUGGGACUACACUAAACCUAACCCAACACAUUGGGACUACCCUAAACCUAACACAACACAUUGGGACUACCCUAAACCUAACCCAACACAUUGGGACUACCCAAAACCUAACCCAACAAUUUUGGACUACCCUAAACCUAACCCAACACAUUGGGACUACCCUAAACCUAACCCAACACAUUGGGACUACCCUAAACGUAACCCAACACAUUGGGACUACCCUAACACUAUCCCUAACCCAACACAUUGGGACUACCCUAAACCUAUCCCUAACCCAACACAUUGGGACUACCAUAACCCUAUCCCUAACCCAACACAGUGGGACUACCCUAACACUAUCCCUAACCCAACACAAUGGGACUACCCUAACACUAUCCCUAACCCAACACAUUGGGACUACCCUAACACUAUCCCUAAACCAACACAUUGGGACUACCCUAACACUAUCCCUAACCCAACACAUUGGGACUACCCUAACCCUAAAACUAACCCAACACAUUGGGACUACCCUAACACUAUCCCUAACCAAACACAUGGAGACUACCAUAACCCUAACCCAACACAUUGGGACUACCCUAACCCUAUCCCUAACCCAACACAUUGGGACUACCCUAACCCUAUCCCUAACCCACCACAUCGGGACUACCCUAACCCAACACAUUGGGACUACCCAAACCCUUUCCCUAGCCCAACACCUUGUGACCACCCUAACCCUAUCCCUAGCUCAACACAUUGGGACUACCCUAAAACUAACCCAACACAUUGGGACUACCCUAACACUAUCCCUAACCCAACACAGGGGGACUACCAUAACUCUAACCCAACACAUUGGGACUACCCUAACCCUAUCCCUAACCCAACACAUUGGGACUACCCUAACCCUAUCCCUAACCCACCACAUCGGGACUACCCUAACCCAACACAUUUUGACUACCCAAACCCUUUCCCUAGCCCAACACAUUGGGACCACCCUAACCCUAUCCCUAGCCCAACACAUUGGGACUACCCUAACCCUAACCCAACACAUGGGGACAAAGUGGAUUGUUUCUAAGUCAAUUCAAACUUUGGUAUUUUUAUGACGUCAAAAGAAUUUAACACAUCGUCUAGACAUCGUGGCUAAGCCACAGAUAAAGUCUACAAUGCGAUAUGUACUCUAGGAUGCUAUAUUCCAAAUAUAAUCAGAUAUCCACUCUAGGAUUAUAUAUUCAGUUUAGGAUAAGAUAUUAACAAAUAGGUUCAGAUAUUCACUCUAGGAUCAGAUACUCGCAAUAAUAUGAUAUAUUCACAACAGGAUGAGAUAUGCACUCUAGGAUUAUAUUUUCAAUAUCAGAUGAUAUAUUUAAUGCAGGAUGAGAUAUUCAAUCUAGGAUGAGAUGUUCAAUCUAGGAUGAUAAUUUCACUAUAGGAAUAUAAAUAUAGACAUUACUUGACAUAAUUGUGUAGACUUUGAGACACGAUCAUACUAGGAUAGUAUUUAAGACAUGAUCAUACUUGUGUAGUCUCUUAGGCAUGAUCAUACUUGUGUAGUCUCUUAGGCAUGAUCAUACUUAUGUAGUCUCUGAGUACGAUUAUAUUUGGGUAGUCUCUUAGGCAUGAUCACACUUGUGUAGUCUAUUAGGCAUGAUCAUACUUGUGUAGUCUCUUAGGCAUGAUCAUACUUGUGUAGUCUCUGAGUACGAUUAUAAUUGGGUAGUCUCUUAGGCAUGAUCACACCUGUGUAGUCUAUUAGGCAUGAUCAUACUUGUGUAGUCUCUUAGGCAUGAUCACACCUGUGUUGUCUAAUAGGCAUGAUCAUACUUGUGUAGUCUCUUAGGCAUGAUCAUACUUGUGUAGUCUCUGAGUACGAUUAUAAUUGGGUAGUCUCUUAGGCAUGAUCACACCUGUGUAGUCUAUUAGGCAUGAUCAUACUUGUGUAGUCUCUUAGGCAUGAUCAUACUUGUGUAGUCUCUGAGUACGAUUAUAAUUGGGUAGUCUCUUAGGCAUGAUCACACCUGUGUAGUCUAUUAGGCAUGAUCAUACUUGUGUAGUCUCUUAGGCAUGAUCACACCUGUGUAGUCUAUUAGGCAUGAUCGUACUUAUUAGUUUAUUAGGCAUGAGCAAACGUGUCUCGUACAUUAGAAACUUUCCUACCACCCUUUAGAUAUGCUCAGUAUUUCUUUGGUGUCUGUUUGAAGAGCAAACAAAGGUUCUUGUCUUCUUGACAUGACAGUUUAUCAAAUGUUUGUUGUCUUCUUGACAUGACAGUUUAUCAAAUGUUUGUUGUCUUCUUGACAUGACAGUUUAUCAAAUGUUUGUUGUCUUCUUGACAUGACAGUUUAUCAAAUGUUUGUUGUCUUCUUGACAUUACAGUUUAUCAAAUGUUUGUUGUCUUCUUGACAUGACAGUUUAUCAAAUGUUUGUUGUCUUCUUGACAUUACAGUUUAUCAAAUGUUUGUUGUCUUCUUGACAUGACAGUUUAUCAAAUGUUUGUUGUCUUCUUGACAUAAUGUUUGCUGUCUUCUUGACAUGAGAGUUUAUCAAAUGUUUGUUGUCUUCUUGACAUGACAGUUUAUCAAAUUUUUGUUGUCUUCUUGACAGGACAGUUUAUCAAAUGUUUGUUGUCUUCUUGACAUUACAGUUUAUCAAAUGUUUGUUGUCUUCUUGACAUGACAGUUUAUCAAAUGUUUGUUGUCUUCUUGACAUGACAGUUUAUCAAAUGUUUGUUGUCUUCUUGACAUGACAGUUUAUCAAAUGUUUGUUGUCUUCUUGACAUGAGAGUUUAUCAAAUGUUUGCUGUCUUCUUGACAUGAGAGUUUAUCAAAUGUUUGUUGUCUUCUUGACAUGACAGUUUAUCAAAUUUUUGUUGUCUUCUUGACAGGACAGUUUAUCAAAUGUUUGUUGUCUUCUUGACAUGAGAGUUUAUCAAAUGUUUGUUGUCUUCUUGACAUGAGAGUUUAUCAAAUGUUUGUUGUCUUCUUGACAUGAGAGUUUAUAAAAUGUUUGUUGUCUUCUUGACAUUACAGUUUAUCAAAUGUUUGUUGUCUUCUUGACAUGACAGUUUAUCAAAUGUUUGUUGUCUUCUUGGCAUGACAGUUUAUCAAAUUUUGUUGUCUUGUGGACAUCUGCAUUGAUACAAUGUUUAUUUUGUCAUGGAGCGUUCCAACUAUUGAUGUUAUUUUAGGAUUUGAUGAAUCUCUUGUCAUGUACAUCUUUAUUUAUAUCAAUGACUGCCCAACUACUGAUGUUAUUUUAGGAUUUGAUGAAUCUCUUGUCAUGAACAUCUUGAUUUAUAUCAAUGUCUACCCAACUAUUGAUGUUAUUUUAGGAUUUGAUGAAUCUCUUGUCAUGAACAUCUUGAUCUAUGCUAAAUGUCUGCCCAGACCAGAAGCUCCCAAUGAAAUCGAUGAAUUAGUGUUUACAUCGCAAAUGUUGAAAGUUUUUAACUUCACUUCUCCCGUCAUGGUUUCUUUGAUGUUUGGAGGUGAGUGCACAGUGGUCAUUGUGAGGGGGGGGGGGGAAAUAAUGGUUUCUUUGAUGGUUGGAGGUGAGUGGACAGUGGUCAUUGUGAGGGGGGCAGUCAUGGUUUCUUUGAUGCUUGGACGUGAGUGGACAGUGGUCAUUGUGAGGGGGGCAGUCAUGGUGUCUUUGAUGUUUGGAGGUGAGUGAACAGUGAUCAUUGUUUUGGGGGUAAAGUGGUGGCAGCAAAUGUCUUGCCUCAGUGACUGAAUAUUGGACAGACAUUUGUUUUUCAUUUAUGACUUCUUUUUAAAAAUUUAAGGUAAAAUUGGGUUUUGUUAGUUUUUAGGCUAAAUCAACAUGUUGAAAAUGUGUAGAUUUUGGGCUAAAUCAACAUGAUGUUGAAAAUGUGUAGAUUUUGGGCUAAAUCAACAUGAUGUUGAAAAUGUGUAGAUUUUGGGCUAAAUCAACAUGAUGUUGAAAAUGUGUAGAUAUUGGGCUAAAUUAACAUGAUGUUGAAAAUGUGUAGAUAUUGGGCUAAAUCAACAUGAUGUUGAAAAUGUGUAGAUUUUGGGCUAAAUCAACAUGAUGUUGAAAAUGUGUAGAUAUUGGGCUAAAUCAACAUGAUGUUGAAAAUGUGUAGAUAUUGGCCUAAAUCAACAUGAUGUUGAAAAUGUGUAGAUAUUGGGCUAAAUCAACAUGAUGUUGAAAAUGUGUAGAUAUUGGGCUAAAUCAACAUGAUGUUGAAAAUGUGUAGAUAUUGGGCUAAAUCAACAUGAUGUUGAAAAUGUGUAGAUAUUAGUGUUAAAUGAUAAAGGAUUUUCAAAAUAUAAUUGAUUUUGAGCGAGGGUGUGUAUGUGUGUGUGUGUCAUAACUAGACAUGAGUUGGAAUUUAUUGAUGUAAUGACUUAAAUCUAAGAUAUGGCUCCACAAAGGAAUUGUUUGCUGUAUAAUGACUCGUUAUAUGUCCUGCUCCCCUCUUUAUCCCUUCCCCCACUCAGCUGUAAAGAAUCAGAAACUUGGCUACGUGUCUAUAGAAGAAUACUGUAAGCUGAUUUGCAUCUUUCUUACUGAGAACUUGGAUCAGAAAACAAAUUUUGUCUUCAAAGUAUAUGAUCUCAACCAAGAUGGCGAAAUUAACUUUCAGGAGUUGUAUUACUUCUUGAGAGUAAGCAAUAUUUCUUGUACUGGUAUUGGCUAGAUUUGACAGCUGUAUUUUUUUUUAUUUUUUUUUAUUUUUUUUUUUUACUUUUACAGUUACUGGUAUUUGGUAGAUUAGACAUUUUGUUAGGGUUGAGGACACACCAAUGAUAUGACAAGGUGUGUUAGAUUUGAGGACACUCUAAAGAAAUGACAAGGUGUGUUUGGGUUGAGGACACUCCAAUGGAAUGGCAAGGUGUGUUAGGUUUGAUGACACUCCAAUGAAAUGACAAGGUGUGUUAGGUUUGAGGACACUCCAAUGGAUUGACAAGGUGUGUUAGGGUAGAGGAAACUCCAAUGAAAUGACAAGGUGUGUUAGGGUAGAGGACACUCCAAUGGAAUGACAAGGUGUGUUAGGUUUGAGGACACUCCAAUGGAAUGACAAGGUGUGUUAGGUUUGAUGACACUCCAAUGAAAUGACAAGGUGUGUUAGGUUUGAGGACACUCCAAUGGAUUGACAAGGUGUGUUAGGGUAGAGGAAACUCCAAUGAAAUGACAAGGUGUGUUAGGGUAGAGGACACUCCAAUGGAAUGACAAGGUGUGUUAGGUUUGAGGACACUCCAAUGGAAUGACAAGGUGUGUUAGGUUUGAUGACACUCCAAUGAAAUGACAAGGUGUGUUAGGUUUGAGGACACUCCAAUGAAAUGAAAAGGUGUGUUAGGUUUGAGGACACUCCAAUGAAAUGACAAGGUUUGUUAGGUUUGAGGACACUCCAAUGGAAUGACAAGGUGUGUUAGGGUAGAGGACACUCCAAUGAAAUGACAAGGUGUGUUAGAGUUGAGGACACCCCAAUGAAAUGACAAGGUGUGUUAGGGUUGAGGACACUCCAAUAGGGAAAAGGGGUUAUAAAUAAAUUAUGCUGUCAAAACACUAAACAAAUUAACAAAACGAAUUUUUAAUAGUAUUAAUUGAAUUACAAAAAGUAGUUUUGAUGCACUUAGAAAGAACUUUGACUUCAGAAUGUCCUCACAUUUCAGAGGUACACCUCUCCCCAACGAAAUAAUUUGCCUUUUGAACAUCAAGGAUUAAAAAUAAGUGUACUAAUGUUGUAAUAUUGCUUCAUUUUCUUUCUUUGUGAAAGCCGUGCGUGAUAUUGACAGAAUCGGAAGACAUGGAAGCAGAGGAGGCCACCAGAGAGCUGAUCGAGAUUGUUCUAAAGGUCACAGAUAUCGAUGAAAGUGGAUCUAUCGAUCUUCAGGAAUUCAAGUUAGUCUCAGGGUUGCCAAAAAUGUAUCAAAUGCAAAAAUGAAAUCUAGAAGAAUAGUUGGGAUCCUUGUAACAUUGAACUAGUCACGUCAUGUCGAGAUUUGCUCACAUAUCCGUAAAAAGUGUAGCUGUCUGGUGUAAAAAUUUAAGAUAUAUGAGGAGUUGAAACAUGGAGAUAUAUGAGGAGGUGAAACAUAGAAAUAUAUGAGGAGUUGAAACAUGGAGAUUCAUGAGGAGGUGAAAAUGGAGAUAUAUGGGGAGGUCAAACAUGGAGAUAUAUGAAGAGGUAAAACAUGGAGAUAUAUUAGAAGGAAAAACAUAUAUCUCCACAUAUAUCUCCAUGUUUCACCUCCUAAUAUACAUCUCCAUGUUUCACCUCCUCAUAUAUCUCCAUUUUUCACCACCAGAUCUCCAUGGUUCAUCUCCUUAUAUAUCUCCAUGUUUAACCUUAUAAUAUAUCUCCAUGUCUGACCUCCUUACAUAUCUCCAUGUUUUACCUCCACAUUUAUCUCCAUGUUUUACCUCCUCAUAUAUCUCCAUGUUUCGACUCCUCGUAUAUCUCCAUGUUUGACCUCCCAAUAUAUCUCCCUGUUUUACCUCCUUAUAUAUCUCCAUGUUUCAUCUCCUCAUAUAUCUUCAUGUUGUACCUCAUGUUAUAUAUCUCUACGUUUCACCUCCUCAUAUAUCUACAUGUUUUACCUCGUCAUAUAUCUCUAUGUUUCACGUGCCCAUAUAUCUCCAUGUCAUAUAUCUCCAGGAGACUGAUCAAAAACAACGUUCUGUACCUGCAACUCUUGGGACCCUGUUUACCCAUACCAUCAUCGGUUCAAAGGUAACUCUUACUUUAAAUGACAGUCACAUUUUACAUGUUUGGUAACUCUUGUUCUGUGUGAGAAACAAGUGGAUUAAACUUGGUGUUGGCAAGGACCGUCUUGACAUCAACGGGGGCCCUGCGCAAAAUGAACCCUGGAGCAUACCCCUGGAAUAUACCCUGGACCAUACCCCAGGAGCAUACCCCUGGAAUAUACACCUGGAACGUGCCCCCGGAACAUGCACCUAGACAAAUCAGGAAAAUAAAGUUUUUUGAAAUGUAAAUGAUCAAGUAUUGAAGCAAGUGAAGUCUCAGGUUAAUGUAAAGUCUUUGGUUAAAGUGAAGUCUCAGGUUAAUGUGAAAUCUCAGGUUAAUGUUCAGUCUCAUGUUAAUGUUCAGUCCCAGGUUAAUGUGAAGUCUCAGGUUAAUGUGAAGUCUCAGGUUAAUGUGAAGUCUCAGGUUAAUGUGAAGUCUCAGGUUAAUGUGAAGUCUCAGGUUAAUGUGAAGUCUCAGGUUAAUGUGAAGUCUCAGGUUAAUGUGAAGUCUCAGGUAAAAGUAAAGGCCGUGGUAAAUGUUAACGCUCAGGUAUAAUUUUCUUGUGAUAUCCCAUCAUGAAAACAUUUAAUGUGACAAAAAAAAUGUCUACAUUAUGUCACGUAUUAUGUGUAAAUGAUGUCAUGUAAAAUGUGUAAAUGAUGUCAUGUAAAAUGUGUAAAUGAUGUCAUGUAAUAUUUGUAAUGAUGUUAUUUAAAUGGUGUCAUGUCAGGUUCACCGAAACAUUUUAUAGAAAAACUGCAGAAAGUUCAAAACUCUGCUGCUAGGCUUGUUCUUAAGGCAAAAAAACGCGAUCACGUCACUCCACUACUCCACUCACUACAUUGGCUCCCUAUACAGGCACGCAUUGACUACAAGCUGUCUCUUCUCUGUCACAACUUUUUCUCGGAUUCCUGCCCUUCCUAUCUAACUGAACUUCUUUCUGUCUAUUCACCCCUUCGACAACUUCGCUCCUCCGCAGACUCGCGUAUUCUGUCCGUUCCCAAGACACGCACUAAAUUAUAUGGUGAACGAUCUUUCUCUUUCUGCGCCCCCAAACAAUGGAAUUCUUUGCCACUACACAUCCGCAAUAUAACAACCACACAGGCCUUCAAAACUGCACUCAAAACACAUCUAUUUAAACUAUACUACUCUGACUGAUUCUCCUCCUAUAAACCGAUAAACGUACAUGGGUUUCCUUGUAAAAAUGUCUGGUGUAGACCUAUGGUGUUGUUUUGCUUAUAUGUUGUUUUUAUUUCAUUUUUGUUUUUUAUUUUAAUAUUAUGAUUAUGCCUCUUUGCUAUAUAUGUACAGCGCGGUGAGCCCAGCCCUAGGCCGGGGUACCGCGCUAUAUAAGACCACUUAUUAUUAUUAUUAUUAUUAAUACGUUUAAAUUAUGUUAAGUAGUACAAUCUCAGAUGUCGCAUUUUUUUAAACGCAACUUAUUUCUGUUCUAAUAACAUAUUUUCAAUGAUCUUUAACCCACAGAUUCCGAGAGAGACUGGAAGGUAAAGGCACUCACGAAAUAAGGACCAUGUUCAAACACGAGCGGCAAGAAUCAUUGCAAGAGCUCCCAUCAAUUAAUCGUGUCAAGCAAUAUUAUACUGUGACUCUGGAUCUGCCCUAGGACGACACAAUCUUCACGCAGUGCCCUAGAUCUGCCCUAGGACGACACAAUCUUCACUCAAUGCCAUAGAUCUGCCCUAGAACGACACAAUCUUCACGCAAUGCCCUAGAUCUGCCCUAGGUCGACACAAUCUUCACACAAUGCCAUAGAUCUGCCCUAGGCCAACACAAUAUUCACUCAAUGCCCUAGAUCUGCCCUAGGACGACGCUACCUUCACACAAUGCCAUUUAACUUUUUCAAGUCCUAGUACUUAUAUUUCCUCGGCUAUCUUCGCAAAAUUUAGAAAUUAAAAAUUUUACCCAAAGUAAAUAGGCCAAUUCCAGUCUCGGAGAGACUUGCCAAUGUAUCGUAAUGUAAAGAUUACAUUUUAAUAUUAAUUAAGACCAUAUAACAUUGGCCAGAUAACUUUUAAAAAUACACAAAAUAUACACACAAAAUGCACAAAAUAUACACAAAAUAUACACAAAAUAUACACAAAUGAAUCAUAC